CACAGUUGUUCCCCAGCCCUGGCGGGGCUGGCAGCAUGGUUCACUCCAGCAUGGGGGCUCCAGAAAUAAGAAUGUCUAAGCCCCUGGAGGCCGAGAAGCAAGGUCUGGACUCCCCAUCAGAGCACACAGACACCGAAAGAAAUGGACCAGACACUAAUCAUCAGAACCCCCAGAAUAAGGCCUCCCCAUUCUCUGUGUCUCCAAUUGGUCCCAGCGCCAAGAUCAAGGCUGAAGAGCCCAGUGGUGACUCAGCCCAAGCAGCACCCCCGCCCCCCCAGCCGGCUCAGCCACAUCUGCCCCAGGCCCAGCUCAUGCUGACGGGCAGUCAGUUAGCUGGGCUCACAGCGCUGAUGCCAGCUCAGCAGCAGCUACUCCUACAGCAGGCCCAGGCCCAGCUGCUGGCCGCCGCCGUGCAGCAGUCCAGUGCCGCUGCCGCCGCCAACGCCGCCGCCGCUGCUGCUGCCUCCUCCUCCACCUCCUCUUCCUCCUCCUCUGCCUCCACCUCCUCCUCCGCCUCACAGCCCCCCACCUCCUCCGGGGGAGGCGACCUGCCACCACCACAGCCUGCCAGCCAGCCCCCAGGGACCCCGCAGCUCACCUUGUCCCAACCAAUCCAACUCACAGCACAGGACAUACAGCAGCUCCUCCAGCUUCAGCAGCUGGUGCUUGUGCCAGGCCACCACCUCCAGCCACCUGCUCAAUUCCUGCUGCCACAGGCCCAGCAGAGUCAACCAGGCCUGCUACCGACGCCAAAUCUAUUCCAGCUACCUCAGCAAACCCAGGGAGCUCUUCUGACCUCCCAGCCCCGGGCUGGGCUUCCCACACAGCCCCCUAAAUGCUUGGAGCCACCAUCCCACCCCGAGGAGCCCAGUGAUCUGGAGGAGCUGGAGCAGUUUGCCCGCACCUUCAAGCAACGCCGCAUCAAGCUGGGCUUCACACAGGGUGAUGUGGGCCUGGCCAUGGGCAAGCUCUAUGGCAACGACUUCAGCCAGACAACAAUUUCCCGCUUUGAAGCUCUCAACCUGAGCUUCAAGAACAUGUGCAAACUCAAGCCCCUCCUAGAGAAGUGGCUCAAUGAUGCAGAGACUAUGUCUGUGGACUCCAGCUUGCCCAGCCCCAACCAGCUGAGCAGCCCUAGCAUGGGUUUUGACGGGCUGCCUGGCCGGAGACGCAAGAAGAGGACCAGCAUCGAGACAAACGUCCGCUUCGCCUUAGAAAAGAGUUUUCUAGCGAACCAGAAGCCUACCUCAGAGGAGAUCCUGCUAAUCGCGGAGCAGCUGCACAUGGAGAAGGAAGUGAUCCGCGUCUGGUUCUGCAACCGGCGCCAAAAGGAGAAACGCAUCAACCCCUGCAGCGCAGCCCCCAUGCUGCCCAGCCCGGGGAAGCCCACCAGCUACAGCCCCCAUCUGGUCACACCUCAAGGGGGUGCAGGGACCUUACCAUUGUCCCAAGCUUCCAGCAGUCUGAGCACAACAGUUACUACCUUAUCCUCAGCCGUGGGGACACUCCACCCCAGCCGGACAGCUGGAGGGGGUGGGGGCGGGGGUGGGGCCGCGCCCCCCCUCAAUUCCAUCCCCUCUGUCACUCCCCCACCCCCAGCCACCACCACCAACAGCACAAAUCCCAGCCCUCAAGGCGGCCACUCAGCUAUUGGCUUGUCAGGCCUGAGCCCCAGCACGGGAAGCACAAUGGUGGGGUUGAGCUCCGGGCUGGGUCCAGCCCUCAUGAGCAACAACCCUUUGGCCACUAUCCAAGCCCUGGCCUCUGGUGGAACCCUGCCCCUUACCAGCCUUGAUGGCAGCGGGAACCUGGUGCUGGGGGCAGCCAGCGCAGCCCCAGGGAGCCCCGGUCUGGUGACCUCGCCACUCUUCUUGAACCAUGCGGGGCUGCCCCUGCUCAGCGCCCCACCAGGCGUGGGCCUGGUCUCAGCAGCAGCUGCAGCUGUGGCAGCCUCCAUCUCCAGCAAGUCUCCUGGCCUCUCCUCCUCCUCUUCAUCCUCCUCCUCCUCCUCCACAUGCAGUGAGGCAGCAGCACAGACCCCUGGAGGGCCAGGGGGGCCCGAGGCAGGGUCCAAGCCCGAGUGAGGGCCCACCACGCCUCCCCCCACACCUCUGAC